AUGAUAUUUGAAAUAUAAGGGUUGGAUAUUGCUAUCGUGUAAAUAUCCUUAAAUUUCUUGGUUUCUACAUCAUUUUUAUUGAGAACUAAAUGUAGUAAUAGUACUUCAACAAAACCUCAAAAAAUUGAUUCAAAAGUAUUGACAUAUUCUAUUUAAGAAAAUUCAAAAAAAAUAAAGUGAUGAAGGUUUUUAAACAAAAAUAAAUAUAUAAAAUUAAACAUCUUCGAGUAAGUAUUAACGUUAUAAAAGUAAAAAAAAAUUUAAGUGCUUAAAAGUCUUUAAAAUCAAAUGAAAUCGAAAAUAUAAAUAUGAAAAAAUUAUAAAGUGAGAAUUAUCCUCAAUCUUCAGGGUUAUUAAUAUCUCCUAACAACAAAAUUGUAGGUCAAAAUUGAUUUAAAUAUUAGAGAAUGACAAACUUAUGUCAGAUACUAAUCGAUAAACCCAUAGAUCAAGUUUAGUUCCUAUACUUUAAACACAAAAAUAGUAAACAAGCAGUAAAACCUCCACUGCAAGCUAAAAUGAUUUUUAACAGAAUUCAAAACAAUAGACUGAUCCAAAUAAAUCUAUUAUUAAAUAACUGAAAGAGAAUCCUAGCUUUGUGGUAUCUAAUCUAGUUAAAUGUUAAGUAUGUUUAAUAAUAUUAUAUUCAGUAAUGUAAAGCUGAUAAUUCAAUUGAAUAAUCAGAUGAUAUCAUUACUGUUGAAAGAAAAAAAAAUAUGAGUGUUCCAUGUGAAUUUAAAGAUCAUUUGGAUUCUCAAAAAAAAAUUGAGAUAGAAAGACGAGAAGAAUUAAAAUUUUAAAUUACCAAAAAAAACAUCCUAUAAGCAUAGUUCAUCCAAUUACAAAAUCAUUUCCUUUUAUUUUCUUGCAUAUUUUUUAUGCAAUCAAUUAUAUAAAAAGUGAAUUAACGUUUAUAACUUUAUGAAGAGAUAAAUUUGAAUAAUAUUAUGAAGAUAUAAUAUUGUUAUUCUUGCAUUGGAGCAUUAUAUUUUAAUGUUGUUUAUGCUACUAUAAUAACCUUUUUGGAAAAAUAUCUAAAUUGUGAUCGAGUUAUAACUCGAUUGUUAUUUUCAGCAUAUAACAUAUCGAUUCCAUUAUUUGUUUAUUCAACUAUUUAAGAAUAAAAUGAGUACUUAAAUUUAGAGUAUUUAUUGAUGAUAGGAUGCAUCUAUUUUAUAUAAUUCUUAGUUUUUAUUUUCUGUAGAAUUGUAAAUUGGAAAAAUUACCCAUUAACUUUAUUUUGA